CCGGAAGUAGAAAUGGGACGCGCUAGGACCCAGUGGAGGAGAAAGAGUUUGUAAAGAUGGACGCGGAAAACGUUCAGCCUGCAUUAGUUCCGAUAGAUUUCAGUAAUGAGUUGCUGAGUUCAUCGGAAUUAUUUCAAAGACGAAGCCAAAGUCACAAGAUUCCUGUGAGGGGACAAAAAGACUUUUUGCCAAAUGACUCUGUGCAGCAAAAGGCAUGUUUGGAGAAGAUCCUUGAAGAGCACUGGAUGCUUGUGACAGAGGAACGAGUGGAGCGAGUCGGAAACCUUGUAAAUGCAGAAUGGAUUCCUGAGGAAAAGCUAGUGAAGCUACUUACUCCAGCAGGAAAGUUUUGGCAGACAAUGGGAUUUUCUGAUCAAGGAAAGCAGUGUUUGUUUCCAGAGGAGGCUCUUUACCUAAUGGAAUGUGGCAAUUUGCAAGUGUUCUACCAGGAUCUUCCUCUCUCCAUUCAGGAAGGUUAUGAAAGUUUCCUUUCUGAUGAAACUGUGACAUACCUUGAGUACCAGGUGUUUAGUCAUUUAAAGAGACUCGGAUACGUGUUAAACCGAUUGGAUGCUAGGUCACCCUCUUUAUAUAAACAACAGCUGAAUCAGCCCCCAUUCAGCAACAGAUCAAGCAAGCACCGAAAGAGGAAAUGGAGCCAGAGUCCUAGUUUUAGACUGUGUAAUAAGAAAAGUACUUCAUCUCCAGAGGUAUCUUCGGGAGAUCAAAAAGGUGAAAUUAUGACCAGUGUUUUCUUGGAAGCCCCAGGCAACCUACAAACAAAACAAGCUUUUCAGGAUGAGACAUUAAACUCUGAUCCAGAAUCAGUCAAAGCUCCAUGGAGGAACUGGUGGACAAACACAUCAAAUGAACCCCAGCCUGAUUCAUUAAAUCCUUCAGAAUUGUACUGGGACUUCAGCUGUAUCUUUUUUCCAGACCUGGGUUCAAAUAGUGCCAACUGUGCAUGCCUGCCCCCUCCUGAUCCCAGCUUGCUGCCUGGUGAUCUGCAUGUACCUGAGUGCAAAUUGGCUCACUGGCACAGAAAUAUAAAUUUGAAAAAGGAACAUCUGUCCAAGCAACAGCAGCAGAGAGAUCAAAACCGACACAGAUGCAACAUUAAUGAUGACCAAGAGGUGAGUCAGUGCAGGAACUGGGUUGAGUAUUUAGAGCUGAUGGAGAAAAGAAGGAACCAGCAGCAAAGCGAAAGGCUAACAAACUUCGACAAACAUGAGGUUAUGCCUCUUGCCCAGCCCAGAAAGUGCAGCUCACAUCGUGAGCUUCUGGAGCAAGUCAGCAUUAUUCAGUCUUAUGAUUUGCUGGUAGGAAAACCCAGGCUCUCUGACUCAGACCAGUGGGGGAUCACUUUCAACGUUUACCAGCCCGACAUUGAGUUUAAGAAGAGUUACCCAGGAAAGCCCUAUACCCGAUUGUGUGUUUCCAGUUUUGAUGGUCCAGUCCCAAACUUGCAUGUCUUAAAGCAGCUGUCCUUUCAAAGUGGAGAUGUGCCUGUGACAUUUGCAGUUGUGGACCAUGGAGACAUUUCAUUCUAUUGCUUCAAGGAGUUCAAGCUGCCCACUGAUGUCUAUUGACAGGACUUAUGGUAUACUUCUUUGCCGUUGGAUAGUGUCAAGAAACCAACUGUAACCGGCAAAGCUGUCAUAUAUAGAACGCUAUUCAAAAUAAAUACAUUUUAUGGCA